AUGCCUUUCUUUCUCGAUCGAUUUCAAAUCGAAAUUCUUCAUGAAAUUUUUAAGUACCUAUUGGCUCAUGAAAUUCUUCACUUAUUUUAUAACAUAAGUGACCGUCUCGAUCAUAUUCUAUUAAACUACAAAAAUUAUUCAAUUAAUUUUCAAUCAAUUCGUAAAUCUGAUUUUGAUCUUGUAUGCCGUCUUAUUCGACCAGAACAAGUAAUUUCAUUAAUUUUGUCCGAUGAUAGUGAAACACCUCAUCAAUCAAAAUUAUUUCUAUCUCGUUUUUCAAUUCAACAAUUUACUCGUUUACAAGCAUUAAAAUUAAUUGAACCAAACGGCGACGAUCAUUUAUUAUGCUCUUAUCUGUAUAAAAUUCCAAAUCUUGUUUCUUUGGAAAUCGAUGUUGGAAUUGAUUUUCCAUCGAUUAAAACUGGACCAUCAUUGAAAAAACUCAUUAUUAAUACUCCAUCAGAUGUACACUUCGAUGUGCUAAGACGAAUCAAUAACAUUUCAGUUGAACAACUACGUCAUGUAUCAUUGCUUGACUGUCCUGUUAUAUUAUUGCAAUAUCUCUUUCAUCAUGCUCCUCAGCUUACUACACUAAAGACGUCAUUGCUAUUAUUUGAACCCGAAGAAAUCCAUAUAUUUACUCAUAUUCAUCAGGGUCGAUCAACAACACUUGCUCUUGUUUCUUUGUCAUUGUCUGUUCAUAUGCCUGGUGAAUUCGUAACACGCGAUUAUUUCGAAAGUUUGUUGUCUUCAUUACAAUGUUUACGACAAUUAGAAUUAAUUGUUCACGGUGGUGUUCAACAUCCAUUUCUUAAUGCUCAAGGAUGGGAAAAAUUUCUUGUCAAAUAUUUACCAAAAUUAAAGACAUUUGAUUUUAAAUUCUCUUCGAUUGACAUCGAUGAAAAAAUACUUGAUCCAUUUCGUUCUCCAUUUUGGAUUAAUAAAAAAUGGUUUGUGGCUAUUGGUUUAAGUGGUUCACUUCUCUUUACAGUACCCUGUUUUGCUCCAACUACAAUCAGUGAUUCAUCUCCUCCAAUCUCAUCUGAUUGUACAACAUUACCUCUUGAGCAACAUCAUGUGUUUUAUGAUCGUAUUACUCAAUUAAGAUUUCAAACAGAUCAAUGGAACUUACCCUUUCGUUACAAUCAUGUUAAAGAGCUUAUUCUUGAUGAUCCUUAUACAAAGGUGAAUAUCGUUGAUUUAUCAAAAGUACAAUUAUUAGUUGUGAAAACAUCUGAAUGGUCGUUACUCAAAAUUGUGCUAGUUAUUAAAAAAGCAAUGCCUUCUGUUAAUCAUCUUCGUUUAAUUUGUAACUAUCCCAGUGAAUCACAUAAAUAUUAUUUCCCUGAUAUCUCAUUACCACAAAUUCGAAAACUAUCGUUACCACAAUAUGGAGAAUAUAAAGGAAAAGAUAAAUUCAAUUGGAAUAAAGUUUUUCCAUGUGUCGAACGAUUAACUGCUUCGAUUAAUUCGAAACAUCAAAUUGUAUUUCUUAUUGAACAUUUCAAGAGUAUAAUUAGUGGUUCAUUUUUUAUUGGCAGUAAUCAUCUUGAGAAGAGUCACAAAAUUAAAGUGACGCAUGAAUGGUUAAAGAAACACAGUUGCCGUUUGAAAACCAAAAAUGCAAAUAAUUUUAUAUGUCAAAUUAAUGAUCGGUAUUUUUUUUCAAUGUCUUUUUGGAUCGAUGAAAAACAAUGA